CCUCCGCUGCAUAUUUUAGCACCUUGACCAGAGAUUCAACCAGGCAUGGUAAUUGAACUAACUGUAUUCUGCUGGUUUCGUUUGAAAGACUACAUUUAACAGAUGACUUCUCUAUAGUGCGAAAUGGAUUAUCAACGGCAUAUUACCUCACGUCCAUUGAGAAUUCUUUGCCUUUUUAAUCUGGUAUCCUCUGUAUUGUUGUCCAGCUGUCCUCGAAUCUGUGACCCAGGCUUCAUUAUUGACAAGUGUAAGUGUGUCCCUUGUCACGAUGGCUACUACUGGUACAUGCAAAACGGCCUUCCGAAGUGUGACCAAUGCAGCGAAGCCUGCUCGGUGGAUCAGCACUUGACACAGGUGAAGGAAUGCGGCCGGGACUCAAACCGCGAGUGCCACUGUGACAGUGGCUUUUUCUGUGACAACGCUGCCCAGUAUACCUGCAGGAGGUGUAAGCCGUGCUCGCCCGGAACCUUCUCUAACAAACCAAACCUAACCAUGUCCUGCAAACCCCACACAGAUUGUGGCCAUAAGGGAAUGACUAUGGUGACAGAGGGCACUGCCACUCAGGAUCGUGUAUGUGCCCAGACCUCCCCUAACUCUCCUACAACCACUGCGCCUCCAACAGUCCACAGCUCAGAGAUAGGCUUUCAUUCUUCUACCUCCAGUGGAGUCCGCACCACCCGAAAACCCCUCAUCAUACCAUCCCCAUCUGGCCUGGUGGGGUCUACAUCUCCUGAUGCCUUUCCCAUAGCCACAAUUGACACAUCUGCAGACCCUUCACCAGCCUUACUCACCAGGCCUUCUUUGUCCCAAGCCCAAAGCGAGCCCUCUACCUCCCUCCCAACUAGGAAACAAGUCACUGAACACAGCUCCUUUGACCCCAACACAAUGCUCACCACCAGGAGAAACCUCAGCAAGGUGGACAGUAACACCUCACCUGCAGAGUCUGCCUCUGCACCUCUUACCACAGAUGACAAUGCAACAGAUACUGGACCGAGCCCUUCCACUCUCCCUUGGCUGCUGCUGAUAGGUGGGCUACUAGGGGUUGUCGUGCUGCUGGUUGUUUACUUUGUCCGUUGUAAGGAGAGGUCACUGAAGUCCCUAGACAAGUGGAAAGGUCCAGUAUUUGGUAUAAAUACGGCUUCCUAUAUACAGGCCCAGCCACCACAGGAGAGUUGCCCAUACCCGGAGGCCCAGCAUCUUCUGGGGAGUGAGACUGGGGGAAAUCCUAGACAGGAUGGUGCAGGGUUGCUACCUCCAGGGGUCAUGAAGCAGGUCACAGUGGACCACUCUGGUGGAGAGAACAUUAGCAACACAGUGGGGUCCAUUUACAUCUACUCUCCGGGGACGGUUGUCCUGGGAUACAACAAGUCGGAGAGGAAGGUGGAUCAAGUCGAGAGUGGGGUAGAGGGCUGUCCCCUCACCAGAACACCCCAGCAGGAGUCCUCCUGCCCCCUCCCUGAGGGCCCUGCUCUGGGGCCAGAGAGAAUGAGUACACAGGAGGAGACCUGCAAAGAGCUGAGAUACCCCAUCCCGGCCACCAGCAACUGAGAACUAGAAAAAAAUGGAAAUUAAGGAUUAACUAUGGAAAAAGCCUGAGGAGGAGCAACUUCAUUCAAUAUCAACUAUCAUCUCUAGGGGAAGAAUGCAGGCAGAUUAUUAUUUGCUACUGUAAAGACUGUUAGACUGGAUGGCUUCCUUCUGUACAAGGAUUGCCAAAGCCACUGGGGUCCCUCAUGGGUCUUCUAUUAUGAAAGAGUGACAGUUUGUUCCAACUGUAUGUAAUAGUCUUAGCACGGUUUCAAAUUUACUGUAAGUCACUGUUGUGACAGCAGUGCUGGGACAGUUUGUGAGAGCAAUGCAUGGUCUGUUUGAUAUGGGGUGUCAACACUGUGAGUCGGAGUUUCCCAUCAUAGGGUACAUGUACACAAUGGCGCCAGAUAGUGUGAGAGUCUAUGUGUAUCAACCACAGAAACAGUGAAGACAAGAAAUUCAUAUGAGGUGGGAAGUAACCUAUAUAACAAGUAGGGUUUGGCGUGUGAAGAGCUUACAAUUUCCAUUGUGAAGUAAUACAGGGACUGUCUGGACAAUUUAAACUCAAACAUAGCCAUGUUCACUGGUUAUAACCUUUGUUCUGUGAAUUUAUGAUCAAGACAUUGCUAUGUACAGUAGCCUACAGAACGAAGACAGAAGAAAGAUGAUUUUAUAACAGACAAUAGCAAUCUGUUCCAGUCUAUUCCUUGACAUAAAUGUACACAAAUGAACAAACUAUUUCAAGUCAUCUCUUUAUGGUGAAACCACUUAUGUCGUUGACUAUGACUAUGGGCAGCCAAUCACUGUCUUUUAAUCAUGCAGAACAAUUGUAAUAUUUAGUCUGUUUGACAAACGCAUGUGACGUAGGCUAUGCCCAUAGCAUGAGCUGUUUGAUUACCCCAAUUUUUCUUUUGUCCUUCUGAAAUUGUAGAACUUUUUCAAGCAAGUAUUUACCGACAAAACACACCGUUUACGAUGAUUUCUGUGUUCGUAUGGAGGAAUGAAAAAUGGUCUCUCUUUUUGUAUAGUAGUGGUGCUGAAAAUGGUGACUCAACAUUUUGUGGUUAACAUACCAAAUUUGGCACAGAUGUAGAUGUACGGCGCCUUCGAAAAGUAUUCAGGCCCCUUGACUUUUUUCCACUUUUUGUAAUGUUACAGCCUCACUCUAAAACAUGAUAUAUAUUUUAAAAAUCCUCAGCACUCUACACACAAUACCCCAUAAUGACAAAGCGAAAACAGGUUUAGAAUAUAUUGCUAAUUUAUUAAAAAUAAAUAACAGAAAAUGUAUUUUUGUAGGGGAAAUGUAGGGGUUAUUCUGCUGUCCGCAUAGGAGAACCCUUUUGGUUCCAUGUAGAACCCUUUACCCCCGACAUAGGACCCAAAAGGGUUCUACCUGGAACCAAAAAGUGUUUUACCUGGAUCCAAAAAGGGUUCUUCAAAGGGUUCUCCUAUGGGGACAGCCGAAGAACCUUUUUAGGUUCUAGAUGGCACCUUUUUUCCCCCCAAUAGGGUAGUCCAUAGCGUUCUAAAGUUCGAGCUAAAAGUCUGAUGGCACCAGUUUCCAUAUCGCCUAUAACUCAAUCGCCAAUUUCUCAGCCUCUGAGUAUCACAGAAACACAAGACUCUGAAUGAUUAACAGAAACAUGUUAAUGACAAGAUCCUAUGACUGAAAUGGAUCAAAACAUGGAAAAGCAUGCAAACAUUUAUAUUUUAAACAUAAGAUUUGACUAUAAAUGAGUUAACAUUCUUAAUAUUUGUAUUGUGUUGUGUUACAAAAGGUUAAUGAAAGAAAGUAUUACUGCUUGA